AUGUCUGCGGAGGAUAGCUUUACUGAAGUAUCCACUUAUUCUACUACUACUACUACUACUACUACUACUACUACUCACACUACUACUACUACUACUACUACUACUACUACUACUACUACUACUACUACUACUACUACUACUACUACUACUACUACUACUACUACUACUACUACUACUACUACUACUACUACUACUACUACUACUACUACUACUACUACUACUACUACUACUACUACUACUACUACUACCUUUAUCAGUAUUAUGCAACUCGUUUUGAUUAUGUUUUGGCCGAUUGCAGUUAAAUAA